UUAUCACAUCUUGCCCAGUGUCCUCUUAUCAUUUGUCCAGCCACUUGCUUGUGUCCAUUAUGUCAUAGAAUGAUGCGGUAUUUAUCUUUUGUAUUAAAGAAUAUACUGAUGUCAAGAUUCACCUUGCGAAAUAGAAUGCUAGGGAAAAGAGGCGCAAGGGAUGGCCCACUCGUAACAAAUAACAACAUAGCUAAAUUUCAAACAUCAUCCUGACUUAAUCUCUACUACACCUCGAACUUAUUAUAUAUAAUUCUAGCUAUGUCAUUGGAGCCUCAUACCUAGGUGUAUAGGAAUCGAUGUGUAAGGGUCACUGAUACGUACGUACACCAACCCCUAAUGUCAGGGGUUCCACUACAUACCUACCUAGUAGAUGCCUAUGUAGUAGGUACCUAGAUCGUGCAUAAUCUUAUCAAUCUCAUCAAUUUCUAUGUCCACAUUGGAAACGAGGGAGCGAAAGACUUCUCCCAUUCCAAACCUUCCCGACGCUUCCAGGCUGCUGGAAAGUAGCCAAAAUGAGCGGUAGUUCAAAUCUCGAUGUCAUGCUGGCCGGCGGCGGGGCAGCAUUCGUCGUGGACUUGAUAGUCUACCCAUUGGAUACUCUCAAAACUCGGCAGCAGAGUCGAGAUUUCAUCAAUACUUUCGCCGACCCGACCACUAAAACGAAGUUGCCAUCGAGGCAGCUCUUUAAAGGCCUGUACCAAGGCCUCGGGAUAGUCAUAGUCGCCACCUUGCCCGCUGCGGGGACAUUCUUCACAACCUAUGAAGCGGUGAAAUCCUUCAUUAGCCGACACGGAGUGCCAUUAGGUCUCCCGCAACCCCUCGUUCAUUCGGGCGCGUCGGCCGUCGCGGAGUGUGCGUCAUGCUUAGUACUCACUCCGUCGGAAGUGAUCAAGCAAAAUGCGCAGAUGUUGCAACAGCACGCCGGUGCCUCGCGCGGGUCUGCGUCGCUCCAAGCAUUGAGACAAUUGGGAGGCGCCGGCGCGGGAUCCAAACUGCUCUCAGGCUACACCGCUCUUGUAGCUAGAAAUCUGCCUUUCACGGCUAUUCAAUUCCCCAUCUUCGAAUUUCUGCGCGCGCGGAUCUGGGGGCGGCGGUCCGGCGUGUCCCAGACUCGUACCGGAUUCGAUGCGAGGGAGAAGGACAGUUUACUUGAAACCGGCAUUAUCACCGGUACGAGCGCAGGGUUGGCGGGCAGCUUUGCUGCCGUUAUCACGACUCCCAUGGAUGUGGUUAAGACGCGGAUGAUGCUACAAGCUGGAGAUGACCGAGACGUGAAACAGGGUGCUCAUAAUCGGAUAGCUUCGUCGCACGAAGCCAGUAGACAUAAUCCGCGCGGUGGAUUCGCCAUAGCGCGCGAGGUUAUUGCGGAGAGGGGCGUCGUUGGGCUAUUUAGAGGAGCUGCUCUUAGAGCCGUCUGGACGGCAAUCGGCAGCGGGCUUUAUUUGGGAACGUACGAAGUAGCCAAAGUUUGGCUCGCAAGGAGAAAGGGGUACGAUAUUGACGAUAAGGACAUCCUUUAACCAAUAUCAACAUAAAUCUACAACUAUCCUCUGUCUUCUCCGAAUUCUCGUAGCUAACCCCGUCCGGACCGUCAUAUAUACCUCAACACCUAUCUAAUCCUCAGCCAUCCGACACAUACACCAUUCUGAAUGUUCCCGCAGCAUCGCCAGAAGUUGAUAUUAUAGGCUGGCAGAAAUUGACAUCCUUCAGUAUCAUUUCGUUGCCGUCCUUAUCUUUGCCACAGCUCACAUCAGCUUUCCAGCAGUUAUACUGCGGCGUGAAGGAGUAGAAUGCGUAGGUCCCUGGCACCUGUC